UUAGAUGAAAAUUGAAAUUUAAAAGCCGGCUACUUUUCUACGUUGGCUAUCCUGCAAACAGUAAACACAAAACACUAUACAGUAAACAAGCAACAAAACUCAAAGACUGACAUUUAAAUUAAAAAAGUAAUUGUUAAGUUGUGUGACAAAGCUUGUGAUUAUUCGAUAAUAUGAUAAAAUGUAUCAUAACCUCACUUUCUUUCGAAGCUGAAUACAAAACUCGAGGACAAAAGGGGGAAUUUUAAUUUAUAAAAUAAAUAAACAACAGCAAUUAUUCUAUUGAAUUAUGUCGACAACUGUAAUAAAUUCCGUAAGUACCACCAAUCAAUCUCAAAAUCCAAAAAUAACCAUUGAACCAAUAAGAUUGACAUAUCUGAAUCCUUCGUUUACCUCUUCGGAAGUGAUAAAUCUCGCAAAUCGGAAGGACACCUGGCAUAAAUUCAUUAUUUUCCAUUCAAGAAUAUCCUCGAAAUGUGAUAUUCUCGAUUCGAUAAUUUCAGCCGGCUCGCCGGAAGUUCUUGUUCCAGUUUAUUACGAGGAGGAGACAAAGACAAAAAUCACAUUUUUGACGAAAUGCGGAGCACAAUUGAUAGACAGUCUCGUCAAGUACAAUUUACGAAUUCCCGUGCCAACAACGGGGGAAUAUUUACGAUUAGACAUCAUUCUCGGCUAUCAAUUGUCCACGGAACUUCUCCUAAAUCCCCAGAAUGUAAUUUGCCGAACCGGUCAACAAAGAUACGAUCACUUUCGAAAGAGUUUGAAUUUCGACAAUUUUCGGAAUGAUAAACACUUGGGACCGGUUUAUUGUUCGAUUUCAACGCCAAAAUGUUUGAAUCUUGCUUUACGGUGUGUUAGAAGUGCGCUAUUGAGUAAUUCCCGAGAAAUGAAACUUCCCGUUCGUGAGCUGUCGAUGAGAUCGAAUGAGUUCAUGGUUUUUAUCCCGCAGGAGAAAUUCUUCAAUUUUCACUUGACGAAAAUUGAUUUUCGCAAUAAUAAGUUGACUGAUUUUCGUCAAUUGGCUUAUUUCUCGGAGUUUAAUAUCAUUGAAUUGUGGGUCGAUGGGAAUCCACUUUGCUCGAAGUAUAAUCGUCCUGACGAUUAUGUGAAAGCUGCGAAAUCGGUGUUUCCACAUCUGCAGGUCCUCGAUGGGGUGAUGAUUGGUGUGGAGAAAAAGUUUGUACCAACGAUACAGAGACACUUUCUUGGCGAUGGCACAAAACUUUCUCUAGUCAAACAAUUUGUGUGGCAUUAUUUUAGUUUGUACGAUCAAAACGAUAGGUCGGUGUUGAAUGGACUGUAUGAUACGGGAGCAAUGUUUUCGAUGACCUUGGGGGCGAUUACAAAUUUCAAUCACAUGCAGAUGGUCAAGUCUUUUGCUACGAAUCGAAAUUUGUUAAAGUUUGUGGACUACGCGAAGUGUCAUGAAUUUUUGCUACACGGACCGGAGGAUAUUCUUUCUGCCCUCGUGAGGCAACCGAAGACGAGUCACAAUAUAAGGUCAUUUCAGAUCGAUUUGAUUUAUCAGUCGGAGAAUUGUUUUUCGAUAGCUAUUCAGGGUUAUUUCUCGUUUCGAGACACGCCUCAUCCGCCUUUGGCUUUUACGAGAACUUUUAUCAUCAUUUCGAAGGAGGACAACGAAUUUUGCAUUUGUAACGAUCAGUAUCAUAUCGAAAGUGUUUUGUCCGAUUCCAAGGUGCUUCAAAGUAGCGAUCGGGAAAUUAGAUUGCCCCCGAAGUACGAGACGGUACCGCUGAGUAGUACCGAGAAGGAACAACUUUUACGUUUUCUUCACGAACUCACGGGAAUGAAACGUGAAUAUUGUGUGCAAAAUUUAGAGAAAACUAAUUGGAACAUUAGACUCACUAUUAAAAAUUUCAUGCAAGCUUAUACAAUCAAUGAAGUACCUUUCGAAGCUUUCCGGUAAUUAAAUUUAUUUUUUUAUUCAAUUAACACCUUAACUGUGAUGACGAAGAUUUGACGACCAAAAUAUUCGUCAUCCGCAGUUAAAGGGUUAAAUUAAAUUUCGGUGAUAAAUUCGAAUUUUCCAUGUAAACUAAACACUAAACACUGAACAAUAUUUUGUCUAUAGUGAAUUGAAAAAUUCAAACUUGUUAGAAAAUUAAAUACCGCUUAAAACAAAGAUAUCGAAUAAAUGAUAAAUAUUACACUUGUACAACAACAACAAAAAAAGAAAUAUUUUCUAUUACUUAAAUAUUGAAGAAUUUCUGUAUUAAUCGUACAAUUAAUUUUACACUUAAUUUUUUAAAAGUGUGAAUGAGAAAUUAAAUGUGAGAAUAUUUUAAAUAAACUUAAUUUUUUUCUACUCUUGAAUUUAUACAUAAAUGUUUGGUUUUUUGCUGUCUAAGAGUGAUAGGUUUUUUUUUAAUUUUAUACAGUACCUACUUUUAAGAAAUAAAUUGUAAAUGAAAUAAAAAAUUGUAUUACAAAUUUAGAUUAUUUUGUAUCAAAAAGAUCAAAAAUUACAUCUACACUAAUUGUAUUCAGCGUAUAAAUUGUAUUAA